AUGACCAAAGUCGAUCAUUUCGUAGAGUUCAUUAAUCGCCCAUACUUUUAUCAAGACGUGUCUCACGGAAUUAAAUUCCUUAAGCUAGACAGUGGCAAAACCAUCAAGAUGCCGAACGUGGUGCGUACCGUGACGCGGUCUACGAUGAUUAGCCAGUACAUACAGUUUUGUGAGGAGGAGAAGUUUGAACCUCUCAGUCGCACCACUUUAUUCAAAAUCCUAGAAGUCAGACAAGCUUCACAGAGAAAGUCGUUACAAGGCCUCGACAAUACUGCUGCCGAUGGCUCUCCUGGUUUCCAGAAAAUCGAAAUGAUUGUCGAUGAUCUAGAGAAAGGAGGAAUGAAUAGGCAAUAGUGUGCUGAGAUUAAGGAAAGGCUUAAGAGUGAAAAACACUACUUAAAGACCAAUUAUCGCGUUCACCGCAAUCCAGAGGAAACUUUAUGUCCUGAUCAUUGCCGCAAGUUCGCUUUAAGUGACGAACAAGACCCCGACUUCCAGGAGAAAUGCUCCCAUCAACACACAGAAAACUGUAACGAGUGUCAAAAUCUGCGAAAUGUCCAAGAUGAAGUCGAGGACAAAGUUCAAGGUCAAUUUUGGAUCCCUUAAGGCAGUGAACAUCGAGACGAUCUGCUAUUCAAACUGGCACAGAUAUUUUCAAGUGGAAGGCUCAUAUUGUUCGCUCUGUAAACCAGGAAGCAGCAAAGCAAGAUCAGCUGAAGACGAUAAGUACUAAUCAGAACUGUGCAAUGGUAAUAAUGGACUGGGCAAUGAAAUUCCUUCAGCUUAAAUAUCUUGAGAAGCACUCAGAUUGGUUUGGCAAGAGAGGAUUGAGUUGGCACAUCUCGACGGUGAUCACACGUGAUCCGAACCUUGAAGGAAGACUGGAACUGCGGUCGUAUGCCCAUCUGUUUGACGCAUGCCAGCAGGACUGGUUUGCCGUGUGUUCCAUCAUAAAAAGCACACUGAGAGAAAUUAAGACCGAAAAGCCUCACAUCACCUGGGUUUAUCUGCGGUCAGAUGAAGCUGGCUGUUAUCAUACUAACUCCCUCAUUGCAGCAGCAAGAGGAAUUGGUAAGCGGGUUGGUUUAGAAGUUUGUCGGUACGACUUUUCAGAGCCACAAUAUGGCAAGGAUGUAUGUGAUAGAAUUCUGUGUCCGAUGAAAACAUGCAUCCGACGUUUCCGCAACGAAGGACACGACAUUCUAUCAGCGGGAGACAUGAGGAGGGCACUUUCUGAAAGACCGGUGAAAGGUACAUCCGCAUUCGUUUGCGAAGUUGACGAGGCGAAGAUAACCCUAGAAGUGAACAAGAUAGAUGUUUUUAGCAAGCUUCACAAUGUCCAGUUUGAGGAGAAAGGUAUUCGUGUGUGGAGGUCAUACCGAAUAGGGUGUGGCAAGGAAAUCUCUUUUGACCAGCUGGUGUUAAAGGGCCAAGGGGACACUGGUAUCAUUGUUAGUGAAAAAUUUUUCCCUCUUCAUGAUGCACGUGUUUAUCAAUGCUCAGAUCCUGUGACAGAGAGUUCAGAAGAAGAGAAUGACUGGGACGAUUCGAAUAUAGGCAUGUUUGAAUGUUCUGAGCCUGGAUGCGUGAAGAGUUUCCAAACAUUUUCAGAGCUCGAGUCACAUUUGGACGUAGGGGAUCAUUGCGUCAAAGAUGAAAGGCCUUCAGAAACGCUAAAUGACAAGCUUUGA